AAAUCCUACGACUACCUGGUCAUCGGCGGUGGAUCAGGCGGUCUCGCCUCCGCUCGUCGUGCGGCUGGUAUCUACGGCGCAAAAGCUGCGAUCAUCGAGGCUUCUGGUGUGAUGGGUGGUACUUGUGUCAACGUCGGAUGUGUGCCCAAGAAGGUUAUGUGGUAUUGCUCCGACGUCGCCGACACCGUCCGCGAGGCCCGUGAGUACGGUUUCGAGAACGUCAACGGCGAGGCUGUCUUCAACUGGACCAAGAUCAAGGAGAAGCGUGAUGCGUACAUCAAGCGCCUCAACGGCAUCUACGAGAAGAACCUCCAGAAGGACGACGUCGACUACGUUUUCGGCCGCGCCAAGUUCAUCUCUAAGGAUACCGUCGAAGUCGACCUCCUCGAUGGUGGAAAGGAGCAGUACACCGCCAAGCACAUCCUCGUCGCCGUCGGUGGACACCCAAACAUCCCCAAACUCCCCGGCGCAGAGCACGGAAUCGACUCUGACGGUUUCUUCCGCCUGACUGAACAACCCAAGCGUGUCGCCAUCGUCGGAGCAGGCUACAUCGCCAUCGAGUUCGGAGGCAUGUUCAAUGGCCUCGGAUCCGACGUCACGAUCGUCUACCGCGGUAAAUCCAUCCUCCGCGGUUUCGACCCCAUGGUCACCGAGACCAUCGCAGACGAGUACAAGAAGCGCGGAAUUAACAUGCACGCCGAAUCAAUCCCCAAGCAAGUCACCAAGAACGAUGACGGAUCCCUCACCCUCGAAUUGGAGUCCGGCGAGAAGAUAACCGUCGACUGCCUCAUCUGGGCCACCGGUCGCGUCCCCGACACUCCUUCUUUGGGCUUGGACACCGCAGGCAUCAAGUCCGACGGAAAGAAGGGCUACAUCGUCGUCGACGACUACCAAAACACCAACGUCGAAGGCGUCUACGCCCUCGGCGACGUCUGCGGAAAAAUGGAACUCACCCCCGUCGCCAUCGCCGCCGGCCGCCGCCUCGCAGAACGUAUCUUCGGCGGCGAAAAGUUCAAGGAGGCAAAGCUCGAUUACACCAAUAUCCCCUCCGUCGUCUUCGCGCACCCCGAGGUUGGGUCUAUUGGCCUCACCCAGCCCGAAGCCGAGGAGAAAUACGGUAAGGAUAACAUCAAGGUUUACACCUCCUCCUUCACCGCAAUGUACUACGCCAUGCUCGAGAAGAAGGGUCCGACAAAGUACAAGAUUGUGUGUGCGGGGCCUGAGGAGAAGGUCGUUGGGCUUCAUAUCGUAGGGUUGGGAUCUGCGGAGAUUUUGCAGGGAUUCGGGGUUGCGAUUAAGAUGGGCGCUACGAAGAAGGAUUUCGAUGCUUGUGUUGCGAUUCAUCCUACGAGUGCUGAGGAGCUGGUUACCAUGCGUUAAGGGUAUAUUCAUAGAGGAUGGCGUACGGUAUGAUAGAGUUUGUACGAUGUGAUGAGUAGUAAUGGAACG